AUGUCUGCUCCUCAGCUCAACAAGAUCGCGGCCAACAGCCCUUCGCGCCAGAACCCCUCUGAGCUCGAGGCCAGCAUCGCUGGCGCUCUCUACGACCUCGAGACGAACACUGCCGACCUCAAGGUUGCCCUGCGCCCUCUGCAGAUCGUCUCUGCCCGUGAGAUCGAGGUUGGCCACGGCAAGAAGGCUAUUGUCAUCUUUGUCCCCGUCCCUUCCCUGCAGGGCUUCCACCGCGUCCAGCAGCGCCUCACCCGUGAGCUCGAGAAGAAGUUCUCUGACCGCCACGUCCUGAUCCUGGCCUCGCGCCGCAUCCUCCCCCGCCCCAAGCGCUCCAGCCGCUCCCGCAACACCCAGAAGCAGAAGCGCCCGCGCUCGCGGACCCUGACUGCUGUCCACGACGCCAUCCUGACCGACCUCGUCUACCCCGUCGAGAUCGUCGGCAAGCGCCUCCGCACCAAGGAGGACGGCAGCAAGACCCUCAAGGUCGUCCUCGACGAGAAGGAGCGUGGUGGCGUUGACUACAGGCUGGACACCUACUCCGAGGUCUACAGGCGGCUCACCGGCCGCGGUGUCGUCUUCGAGUUCCCCCAGACUGGUGCCUCCGACUACUAG